AUGGCUAUUAAACGUAAAGAUUUUCAAAAGACAUCAUCAACUAUACUCGAGUUUUUACUUAAACUACCUGAUGAAGAAGCAAGUUCACGUUUACGUGAUACACUUUUACAUGCUCUUCAUUUUUUACAACAAUAUUAUUUAAUAUUACAAAAACGUGAUAAAGAACAAAAACCAUUACAAUGGACAAUUGAACGUGGUUUAAGUCCAUUAACACCAUUUCGUGAAGCACCCGAUAAAUUUCAAUGGCCAUGGAUUGAUGUUGAAUCAAAUAAAGUUAAACAAAUAAUACCAAAACAUUCAUUAAAUAAUUUUAUUAAUUUAUCACCAAUAAUUAUUGCUGUACGUGAAGGUGAUUUACGAUAUGUUAAAGAAUUAUUAAAUAUAGAACCAGAUUUAAUUGAAUGUGUUGAUUCAUUUGGAAGAGAUUUAUUAACAUAUUCUGUACAAUAUCAACAAAUAAAUAUAUUAAAUUAUUUAUUAGAUGAAUAUAAAUCAAUAAUAAAUAUAAAUAUACAAGCUAAUGAUGGUUCAACAUGUUUACAUCGUGCUUGUUAUACAGAUAAUGGACAAUAUAUAAAUAUUGAAAUAAUAAAAAUUUUAUUAGAAAAUAAUGCUGAUGUUAAAAAACAAGAUGUACAUUUACGUUCACCAUUACAUUGGGCAGUUUUAGCAGAAAAUAUUGAUUGUUUAAAAUUAUUAAUUGAAUAUAAUGCUGAUAUACAUAUGAAAGAUAUUGAUGGUAUGACACCAGCUAUGUGGGCGUGUCAUCUUGACCGUUAUGAACAUUUUAAAGAAUUAUCUAAUUAUAUGAAUAAUAUAAUAGAAAAAGAUAAUGAUGGUCGAACAUGGAUACAUCAUAGUGCAAGAAAAACAGAACCAUUAGAAUGUUUAAAAUAUUUAUUAUCAUCCGAAUCAAUAUUAUUACGUGAUAAUGAUGGACGAACUUGUUUACAUGUUGCUGCUGAACAAGGUUCUGUUCAUGCUUGUCGUCUUAUAUUUCAAAUGAUUGAACAAACAAAUAAUUAUUCAUAUAUACAUGAUGGUGAUAAAUAUCGUCAAACACCACUUCAUUUAGCAACAAAACAUGGUCAUGCACGUGUAUUAAAAGAAUUAUUAGAUCAUGGUGCUGAUCCACAUCUUAAAGAUAUUCAUGGUAUAUCAUCUUUAGAUUAUGCACAAAAUCGUGGUCUUUAUUUUUGUCGAAGUGUUUUUGAAGUUUAUUUGCGUGAAAAAACAAAUAAUAAUAAUAAUAAUAUUAAUAGUCGACCAUCAACAACUCUUAGUUUCAAUAAUAAUAGUAGAAUAAAAAUAAAUGGUUAUGAUGUAACACCUAUACCACCUGGUAAUGGUCAUGCAACAUAUAUUCGUCGUAAUAGUCGUCGUCAUUUAAAUGAAUCAUUACCAAUAGAAACUCAUUCGUCACCAAAUUUAUCUAUAGAAAAAUAUUCACGUACAAUAAAUUAUUCAAAUCAACAAGAUAAUAAUAAUAAUGAAAAAGAUUUUAAUCGAUCAUUAUCAUCAUCAACAAUAACAACAAAUCCACCACCUAUUAAACCACGAAAAAGUUCAAUAAAAUUAAAUAAUUUAUCUAAUAUUCAAAAACAUCAUAAUCAUAUUAUUAUAAAUUCAACACAUUCAGAAGAUGAUGAUCAAAGUGAUGCAAAUAGUCUUGCAGGUCAUGGUAGUGAUGAUAAUGAUGAUUAUUUAUUAGAAUAUGAAAAAUCUAAUUCACGUCUUUUAUUACGUCAUAAUGAUGAACGUUUUCAACAACAAACAAAUAAAAAUUCAAUGUAUGAUGAUUAUCGUUUUCUUGAUGAUCAACAACAAUUAUCAUCAAGAAAUAAAUCAAAACAAAAAAUUCGUAAAACAACAGUUAAUAAAGAUUUUUCACAUUCACCAUCAAAUCAUAUUAAUUCUAAUAAUGGAAAUUUAUCAAUAUCAAAUAGACUUAAAUCAAGUUCUAAAUCAAGUUCAACAGAAUCAAUACCAACACUUGAUUUAACUGUUGCUGGUCAAAAAGUAUUUCGAAUUAAACAACAAUCAGAUACAUAUUUUACUAAUUGUUUACCAUCAUCAUCAUCAUCAUCAAAUGUUAUGCGACCACCAAGUGGUCGUUUAAAACCAAUUAAUAGUGCUAAAUCAACAUCAUCUUAUACAGAUGAAUUAUCUUCAAUAUCAAAUAAAACAUUAGAAGAUGUUACUAAUAAUGUUAAACAAUUAUCAUCACCUAAAACACAUCUCUAUAAAAAAAAACUUGCACCAUUACUUAAUGGUAAUGAUGCAAUCAUUAAAAAAUAUUCAUAUCGUUCAACUAUUGAUCAACAACAACAUAUUGUUGAAGAUAUAUCUUCAGAUAGGUCAGAAGAAACAAGUGCUACUGCAAGUAUUAAUGGAGCAAGUCAAGAUAUGAAAUCAUCCAAUGUCAGUGAAAAACGCUCAAAACAUCAUUGA